AUGGAGGUUCAGGAAAGGUUGAAUUGUUGCAUAGAAGUAAUCAGAGAAGCAUUUGAUACUGCUGCUGAAGCCGAUAGAAAUUGGUCGGGAAAGCAGAAUAAACCACCCUUGUAUGGCAUCCCAUUUAGCGUUAAAGGCAAUUUCUAUAUGCCUGGUUACGAUUGCUGUAUUGGUCUAGCGAAAUUUCUUGAUCAGCCGAGACUUGAAGAAUGCACCUUUGUGACUCAUUUACGCAAUAUUGGGGCUGUAAGUUUGAUUUUCUUCCCUCUUCCAGUGAAAUUCUCCCUUUUUUCGGUUCCUUUUGUGAUCACCAAUGUACCACAAGCACUGAUAUCUUUUGUGUGUUCCAAUUCCGUGUAUGGCACUACUUUGAAUCCCAAUGAUGUAACCAGAUCCCCAGGAGGCUCUUCUGGUGGAGAAGGGGCGCUUUUUAUGGCUGGAGGCUCUGCUUUUGGUAUCGGAAGUGACCUUGCUGGAAGUUUGCGUAUUCCUGCUGCAUUUUGCGGAUUUGUUACACUAAAGCCUACUGAAGGACGCUUUGUCGUAGAAAAUACUAAUCCCGGAGUGCCAGGACGUUCGCGUCUUGCCUUAAGCUUUGGAUUCUACACUCAUACGGUUGAGAACCAAGUGGCGCUGCUUAAAACUAUCAUUGGUGACCCUUCUUACAGGGAAAUUGUGCCGAGAUCAAUUCCUGCUCCUUUGGACGAGAAAGUAUGUUUCAUUGUUCGAUAUUUUACAUGUGUAAAGAGAUGUGUACAAGAUACCGUUGAACGACUAAGGCAGGAAGGUCACGAGCUUGUUCGAUUCACUGUACCCGAUGUUGACGAAAUGGUGCAGGUCCUCUAUAAGCUCAUCACAUCUGAUGGGGGGCGCUAUCUUCAAGCACUGUACGGUAACGACAUUGUGGAUAACUACAUGAAGGAGUUUGUAAUGCUACUGAAGCUCAUCACAUCUGAUGGGGGGCGCUAUCUUCAAGCACUGUACGGUAACGACAUUGUGGAUAAGUACAUGAAGGAGUUUGUAAUGCUGUUGAAGCGAUGCUGUACAAUACAUAAAAUUUUAAGUUUUUUUCAGAUACCCAACUGCUUGCGCUACGUCGCGUCAUGUCUUUUGCGGGGGAUCAGUCCUCAAUUAUCAGCACUAUGUUCUGCAUACGUCUCAAAUCUUGAGGAUUUACGCUACACUCAGGAGCUAUGUGAUGCAUACAAACAAAAGAACCACGUUACUUAUGCCUUUCUGUAUUUGUCCUUGCAGUUCACCGAGUAUUGGAAGAAGCUUGGAAUCGACGCAUUGAUUUGUCCUACUUUUCCUGUGCCAGCUGUUCCGCAUCAAUAUCCUUCAAGAAUGUCGACAGCGGCAACCUACACUGCUCUUUUCAAUUUGCUAGAUUUCCCUGCUGGUGCUGUUCCCGCUGGAAAACCCUUAUUGCAAAUAAUCACAGCUUUAGGUUACAACAUCGUUUUGAAGACCAUGCGUGAUGCUGCAGCAAAAAGCGUAGGAUUACCACUUUCUGUACAGGUUGUGACACUUCCAUUCGAAGAGGAGAAGUGUCUUCGCGUAAUGGGAGAAGUGGAAAAGGUGUGGAAGGAAGACUAUUCUUCGGAAGAUCUGGUUAUACUUUCGGAUUAA